GGUCAUGCAAGGCUUUAACAAAUACUAUCCGCCUGAUUAUGAUCCUGAAAAGCAUAAGAGUCUCAAUUCGUAUAGAGGCAAACAUGCUCUCGGUGAUAGGGCCCGAAAGCUGGACCAGGGUAUCCUCAUAACGCGCUUUGAACUUCCCUUCAACAUUUGGUGUGGAACAUGUAACAACCACAUCGGCAUGGGCGUACGUUACAAUGCAGAGAAGAAGAAAGUGGGCUCGUACUACUCGACCCCCAUUUAUUCAUUUCGCUGCAAGUGCCAUUUAUGCGAUGGCUGGUUCGAGAUUCAAACCGAUCCCAAGAACACACGAUACGUCGUCGUCUCUGGUGCCCGGCAAAAGAACGAGGAAUGGGACCCAGAAGAGAACGGCGGUUUUGCAGUACAUGACACUGCUGGUUCCGGUGCACCUAGCGACCCCUUGGCUGCCCUAGAGAAAUCAACAGAGGCCCAGAAUCACUUGACCAAAGUCCAAGUGCCUCGUAUCCAGCAGCUACAAUCAACGUCGGAUCACUACAAUGAGGACCCCUACUCCGCCUCUCUGCGAGUCAGGAAGCGCUUCCGCGCGGAGAAGAAGAUAGACCAGGCGAAGCAAAUCAUCGACAAGCAGCUGAAGGGCAAAUAUGCGCUUCCAGAAGAGCUGCAGCUGUUGGAGGAUGAUGCAAAGGCGAGAGAUGAGGCGCACAGCGAAUGGAUACGUGGUCGAGCCGAUUACAAAGCGCAAACGUCGAACAAGCGCCAGAGAUUGACUGCUCCAGCAGUUUCUGCUUCAUCUUCAUCACGACUACAUAAAUUGGCUAGCACAGACAAAAAUCCCGCAGUAUCUUCUCUCAAGGACCGAAUACUCGGCAAUACGAGUCGAAGAUCUGCACUACCUGGACUUGCGAACCUCAAGCCUCCAUAGUUUAGCUUCAUAGCUAAGAUUAUCUGCAAUAAUGAUGUAAUUUUGGCAGUUUAGCAGUCUUUGUCCUCAUGGUUGAGUUAAGAGUGAACAUUAUUUGUGUCG